UUGAUUUUAGGGGCGGAUUCACCUCAACCCGUUGCAGCUCAGCCAUCCAUCCACCUCUGCUCUGCUCUGCUCUGCUCUGGCACACCACCCUCACCAAUCCCUCUCGGGCGGCAUGGCCGCCGCCCUCACCCUCGCCGCUGCCCCGCUCCUCCUCCGCGCCUCACGUUUCGCGCCGUGGGCCGCGCCGGUGCCCCGCCGCCGUCGGCUCCUCUCCGGGCCUCCCACCGCCGGAGAGCCCCCUCCCUCGGCCCCGAAGCUGGCCGACCCCCCGGGCGUGUGGGCGCCGGUACCCUCGCUGCCGUGGAGUGCCGCGGAGGCGGAGAUCCUCCGCGACGUCGACCCCGUCGUCCAGCUCAUCAAGGAUAUCCUCCACUCCGACAGAUACGGAGACGGCGAAUGCCUCUGCCCAAAGGACGAAGAUGUCGUCGUGGAGAAGCUCCUCGCGUACCAUCCACACGCGCAGGACAAGAUAGGCUGUGGGCUUGAUGCUAUAAUGGUUGAUAGGCACCCUGAGUUCAGGAAGUCAAGAUGCCUUUUUGUUGUUCGCACGGAUGGUGUUUGGAUUGAUUUCUCAUACCAGAAGUGCCUCCGUGCAUACAUCCGAGAAAAGUAUCCGUCCCAUGCUGAGAGAUUUAUACGAGAACAUUUCAAGCGAACAUGAAGGAAACUGUAAUCAGUUAUACAAUGGUAUUUAUGAGUUUCAGAAUAGCUUCUGUAAAUUAUUGAGCCUCAGGGUCUGUUGGUUUGUUUCUCACUUCCUAGUUUGCAUGUAUAACCGAAAUAUGUAGAGCAUGGGCACAUUAACAUAGAAACCUUUGCAUUUUAUCAAGGAAUGCAUGCAAGGUUAAAUGGUUCA